AUUUUUCAUCACACCACCAACCAACCAUUUUUCUCUCUCUCACUUCUUCACUCUUCAACAACAACAACAAUGGCUGCUGCAUUCUCUCCAUCGCAAAUCCUUCUACUCUCCAUUCUCUUCACUGCUCUCACCUCCGCUUCCGCCGAUUUCUACCGCGACGCCGAGAUCACGUGGGGCGACGGCCGCGCCAACAUUCUCGACGGCGGCCGCCAGCUCACUCUCUCUCUCGAUCAAUACUCCGGCUCCGGCUUCCAAUCGAAGAAUGAAUACUUAUUCGGAAGAUUCGAUAUGCAGAUGAAGCUCGUCCCCGGCAACUCCGCCGGAACCGUCACCACUUUCUUCUUGUCGUCACAAGGAGCCGGACACGACGAAAUCGACUUCGAAUUUCUCGGAAAUUCAUCUGGUGAACCCUACACCGUUCACACCAACGUUUACGCCGGCGGCAAAGGCGACAAGGAGCAGCAGUUCCGCCUCUGGUUCGAUCCGACUUCGUCUUUCCACACCUACUCCAUCGUCUGGAACCCCCAACGCAUCAUAUUUAUGGUGGAUAACAUUCCGAUCAGAGUGUUCAACAAUCACGAAGCGAUCGGGACUCCGUUCCCCAAAACGCAGGCGAUGAGGGUUUACUGCAGCUUGUGGAACGCCGACGACUGGGCCACGCAGGGCGGCCGCGUGAAGACUGAUUGGAGCAAGGCGCCCUUCCUCGCCGCCUACCGCAACUUCAACAUCAACUCCGCCGCCUCUGAUUCAGUCAAUAGUGCUGCGACGUGGAAGACGCAGGAGCUUGACGCCCAAGGCAGAAACAGGCUCAGAUGGGUGCAGCAAAAGUAUAUGGUCUACAACUACUGCUCAGAUUCCAAGAGGUUUGCUCAACGGAUUCCACCCGAAUGCAACCGCUCCAGAUUUUGAACCAUUUUUUCAUUCAAUUUUCAUUCAUUCAUUCAUUGAUACCUUGUUUAAAUUGUGUGUUAUUGUGAGUACUAAAGAAAUAGAGGGAAUUUUUCUUCAAAAAAUAAAAUAAAAGUAGAGGGUUUUAAUU